AUGGUCUAUGAGCUACUGUUAUUGCUUCCCGCGGAAGCACGCAUGGAUGCUCACGAUAAGUCGAGGGAGGUGUCCUUUGUGGCUUGGACGACGUGGCUUCAGAGGAAGUAUGGCAGAGCGACGGUGCCGAUCUACAGUACGAUGAUGAUGGAUCGGGGUAUGGAAUCCACGAGGGCUAGACAGUAUCGAGUGCUGUUCAAGUCAUGCGGCGUCGAGCACUUGCGCAAGGAGUGUCCGUACAGGGGCGUGUACUGUAGGAAGUGUGGGGUGAAAAGUCAUCUAGCGGCUGUGUGCCAGGCAAUACCGAUUAGGGAUGGAUAUGGCGGAGGGGACGCAGGCUACUUCCGGCCGAACCCUAAAGGCGGAUACGCUUUGGAUGUUGCACCGAAGCACAGAGCGCAGAAAUACGCAGCCGCCGGAGCAAUCAUCCCGGAUGCGGAAGAGGAUACCCAGCGACAGUCACGACGGGCUAAAGAACGAAGAGAGGCGAAACGAGGCUCUAAUAACCCGCCAGGCCGUGAGAAGGCGGUAGGACUAGUAGGGGUAGAGGAUAUGAGCAGGAGUGAACUACUAGAGUUGAUUCAGACACGACCUUGGGAGCGAAAUGGCGUGGACGCGAUUGGCGGCGAAGAGGAGCUAACCGCACAGGAUUUUUAG